AUGGGAGAAGCCUCCUCCUCUUCCUCUCCGGCGGCGGCUCCAGCUACGGUGCCGGGGAAGAUCUUCGUCGGCGGAAUCUCGCCGGACACGGAUGAGGCGGCGCUCAAGGAGCACUUCGAGCGCUACGGCAAGGUAGAGAGGGCAGUGGUGGUGCGCGAUUGGAGCACCGGCAAUUCGCGGGGUUUCGGGUUCGUCACCUUCGCCGACGACUCCGCCGACGCCGCGAUAUCGGCCUCCGACGAGCGCGAGAAGGAUCGCUACAUCAUCGACGGCAAAAAGGUUGAUGUGAAACGAGCCAUACCAAAGGAACAUCUGCAUGGAGAGUCAAGUAGGAGUAAUUCUUGUAGUAGAGGCCAAAACUCCAAAGGAAAGAAGAUCUUUGUUGGUGGUCUACCAAAGAGAAUUACGGACGGCGAAUUCAGGGAAUAUUUCGAGAAGUUUGGCGUCGUAACGGACUCGAUCGUGAUGCACAAGCACGAUCACGAUCACGCCGAAAGGACUCCUAGAGGGUUUGGCUUCGUGACCUUCGCUUCGGAGGAGUCGGCCCGCGAGGCAUUGAAGGAUCAAUUCCGCGACUUGCACGGUAAGAAAAUUGAGAUCAAGAGAGCAGUGCCCAAGAUAGUAGACAACAACUCUAAUCCUUCACCGACGCGCCGCGGUAACGAUGAUGCUAGUAAUAAUAACAAUGUUAGGUGCAAUUCAGUACCAACGCCUUUUCAUAACUUCAAUGCCCACUCGUAUGCGCCUUACUACCCGAUAAACAGCAUGGCUAAUCCUAAUUACUCACAACUAUUUACGUAUUAUGGUCCCUGCUGUGUUGACAAUAAUGUUUAUAAUUUGCAACCAUAUACGCAUUACUACUUUCCCUAUGAUGAUGCAUACGGUAGAUGCUACGGAUCGCCGCCAUAUGCGAUAGAUUAUUCUGCUCGGUACUAUCCUUGGCAGUAUUGGGGGGAUGAAGGCAUGAUUCGAAGUGAUACUUACAUGAUGGAAGAAAUGAUGCGGCAAAAUAUGAAUCUGCAUGGCCCAGUGGGUGAUUUUAGUGUGGAUAAUAAUGCUACCAGUAGGGCAGUUGAUUGUUUUAAUAAUGAAGGAAGCAAUGAAGCUGCACCGCGUGUGCCGACGACGGAAUCUGAAGCAGCAGCAGCAGCAGCAGCAGCAGAAGCAGAAGGAGAAGCAGAAUCCGCCAGUGCUGCCAGAUAG